AGCAAUUAAAAUCCCGUGAAACGGAAAAAUUAGUAGUAAUUGAUUCCUUUUAAAAAACUUCAACCUCAGACACACGCUCCUAAAUAUGCGCGUGUGAUUCUUCUACUUCCUUAUCCCUACAUGCCGUUGCCGAUAAUGAUACAUCCGUUUAUGUCCUUUUAAAUUAAAUUACUUCCCUAGGCCUUUUUCUUUUCUCUCUCUCUCUCUCUCUCUCUUUUUGAUAAAACUCAUCUCUUUUAAUCCUUAGGACUCCAAAUUUCCCAGUGAUUAGGAUUCUUGGUGUCUCAGAAAAAUUCAGAAAUCUCUUGAAACCUAAAGCAAUUAGGUAAUAAUUACAAUGCGGAUAGCAUUAUGCGGGGAGAAUUUGGGAUUGGUAUAAAAAUGAAGAGAAAAUCGAAUCCAGGGAGAAAUAGCUUUAUGGAAUUGGAAUAUCCGGAGACUGAAGAAGAUAUGUGUUUGUUCGUUGCCUUCGGAUGCCGGUUCCGAUUCCGAUCGGCAUUCGAUUCCUACUCUGUGGCUUGUGAAGCGUUCUCUGAAAAACGACAGCAGAUUCUCUCCUCUUCUUCUUCUUUGCAUCUAAUCGGUGUCAAGCUUCAUCUCUAAUAGCGUUUUCUGCAAUUUUUUUUUUCUUUUGGAGUUUUUCUUGUUUUUCUUUUUUUUUUCGAGGGUCUUCUUUUUGGCUGUUGUUGUUGGAAUUAUCGAUCGGGUUGCGGCAUCGGUUGGUUCUUUGUACAUAGAAACAAUGGAGGUGGCUGAUGACUGUGAUUUCGCUGAGAAAGAUCCGUCGGGUCGGUAUGUGAGGUAUGAUGAGGUCCUAGGGAGGGGAGCAUUCAAGACUGUUUACAAGGGAUUUGAUGAGGCUGAUGGAAUAGAGGUUGCAUGGAACCAAAUCAAUGUUGAAGAUGUGUUGCAGAAGCCUGAGCAGCUGGAAAGACUAUAUUCAGAGGUUCAUCUUCUGAAGUCACUGAAGCAUGUAAACGUUAUCAAGUUCUACGAUUCCUGGGUGGAUGAUAAAAACAAGACCAUCAACAUGAUAACUGAGUUGUUCACUUCGGGGAGUUUGAGGCAAUACCGUAAGAAGCAUAAGAAUGUUGAGGUGAAGGCUAUUAAGAGCUGGGCACGGCAAAUCCUUAGAGGCUUACACUAUCUGCAUAGUCACAAUCCUCCAAUCAUUCAUAGAGAUUUAAAAUGCGAUAAUAUAUUUGUUAAUGGAAAUAAUGGAGAAGUGAAGAUUGGAGAUCUUGGAUUGGCAACUGUCUUGCAGCAGCCCACCGCCCGAAGUGUAAUUGGCACUCCUGAAUUCAUGGCUCCAGAGCUUUAUGAUGAGGAGUAUAAUGAGCUUGUCGACAUAUAUUCUUUUGGUCUGUGCAUAUUGGAGAUGGUUACUUGUGAAUAUCCAUAUAAUGAAUGCAAAAAUCCAGCACAAAUAUACAAGAAAGUUACCUCUGGUAUUAAACCCGCUUCCCUUGGUAGAGUGAAUGAUCCACAAAUUAAGCAGUUUAUUGAGAAGUGUCUUCUUCCAGCAUCUAUGAGAUUGCCAGCUGCGGAACUCUUGAAAGAUCCAUUCCUUUUGGCUGAAACUCCCAAGGAGCCUGCGAGUGGUCCACCAGUGAACUUGAUCCAGACUGAACCUCAUCUGAUGGAAAUAGAUCUCAACUGCAAAAUGCUUAUGGUCAAACCUUCUACUGAAAGCAUCAAAGAAACUCCUCGGUUCUCAGCUCUGGAGCUACAGUCUUUCACUCAGAAUAAUGAAUUUAGGUUGAAAGGGGAGAAGAAUGACGAUAAUACAAUUUCAUUGACCUUGCGCAUUGCUGAUCAAUGUGGUCGAGCAAGGAAUAUCCACUUUUCAUUUUAUCUGGAUUCAGAUACUGCUAUUUCAAUUGCUGAGGAGAUGGUUCAACAACUUGAUUUGUCAAAUGAAGAUGUAACUGUCAUUGCAGAGUUGAUUGAUAGCAUGAUCGUGAAGCUUGUUCCCUGCUGGAAACCUUCAGUUGGAAGCAUUUCAUGCCUACAAGAUUGCUUAUGCUACCCAAGUCAGGCCACUAUUAAGACGGUUGGUGAACAAGAAGUUUUCCCACGGUUGGCUGUUCUUAACUGUCAAGACACCGAAGAAUCUUUUGGUUCAGAUAUAUCAGCUGAAUCUAAUGGAAUGGUGGCCUCAGAUGGGAGUAACAACAAACCAAUGGGAUCUUCUGAUCACAGUUAUGUUGAGUGCCAUAACGGUUUGAACGCAUAUGAUUUUGGUUUAGAUAUUGGGGCUUAUAACCAUGAAGAUACCAGUGACGAGAAAAACCUUGCGGAAUAUAUAGCGAUAAAACAUUCCGCAAAGAACUCUGACACGUCCUUAAUGGAUUCUUGUUCAUUUGCUUCACAAGACAUGAGCUUGUCAAGCAUCGGCUCUCUAUCCCUUGCAGACAAGGACAAGUUGGAAGAGCUGAAAUCGGAGCUUGAUGCAAUAGAUUCACAGUACCAGCAAUGUUUCCAAGAGCUCUUAAGGAUGAGAGAAGAAGCAAUGGAAAGCGCCAGGAAGAGGUGGAUAUCAAAGAAGAAAGUAUCUGUGAUGUGAUGUACAAUAUCUUUUACUUGCUAACCAUCAAGUUUUUUCUCCUCUUCCCUUAGCUUAUGAUAGUUGCUUUUUUUUUUCGGCUGUUGUUUGCAUUGGAAGAUCAUUUUCUUUGACAAAAUUUCAUUUAUUUGGUUUAUUUUCAGAUAUGGGAUUGAAUCUAUGAUUUUAGUUCAUUGGUUAA